AUGAAACUUGCUAUAGUUGGGGGCGGCGCGUCUGCCUUUUAUGUCGCCUCAAGGCUGCUCUCUCGUCUGCCGCAGGACGCGCACAGAAUCCAUGUAUUCGACCGUCUUUGGGCACCUCAUGGAUUGGUCAGAUACGGCGUAGCUCCAGAUCAUCCGGAAGUCAAAAAUUGCACUCACAAGUUCGACCACACGGCCACUGAUCCACGUUUUCGUUUCUUUGGAAACGUGAAUAUCCAGCACCAGUCAGAGCAAAUGAACGUCAUUCAACAUGCUGUCCAGCUUCCGUUGUCGUCACUGUACGCUAACUACACUCACCUUCUCUUCGCCUCUGGAUGCCCACUCCCUACUCUUCACCCUGCUCUACCACCGUCCUCGCACUGCAUCCCAGCUCUUAACGUCGUACACUGGUACACACAACAUCCAUCCUUACCUGCUGUACCUCCCCUGGAACGUUUGAAGCAUGUGACUCUCAUAGGAAACGGCAACGUGUCACUAGAUGUUGCACGGAUGUUGCUCACGCCUCCAGAUAUGUUACGACCGUAUGACGUGCCCGAGAGCGUCAUGUCGGUCCUCGAACGUUCAACCAUCGAGCACGUAUCUAUUGUCGCGCGCAGAGGGCCUUUUGAUGCUGCCUUCACUACUAAGGAGCUCCGCGAGAUGAUGAAUAUCCGAGACGCGUCUAUGGCACCCAUACCUCCAGAGCUUCUUGUGGUCCCCACGGGAAAGGAGGUUUCUCGAGCGCAAAGCAGAAGCAUACAACUUAUGCAGAAGGGCUCCAAAAAUCCGUAUGGAUCGACCAAGAAGACCUGGUCCCUCGAGUUCUUCCGGUCUCCAGUCGGCUUAGCGUCCGAAGACCCACUUGGGCCCGCUGAAUUAUCACUGGCGCAUACCACUAUCGAUCCAGCUAAUCCGCGUCGUGCUAUUCCAACGGGGGAGACAUCCAGGUUAUCUACAGACCUUGUAAUUACCUCCCUGGGUUUCCACGCGGAUGAUUCUUCAUCUCCUUUCCACGAUUCGUCUCUCGGGCACCUGCGCACCGAGGCUGGACGCGUUAUCGUCCCAGACCUACCCGGAGGCAAAGAUCUGGUUAGUGGGAGCGUUUUGAAGAACAUGUACGCGUCUGGUUGGGCAUCGAUGGGAGCCAAAGGCGUCUUGGCAGCCACCAUGAUGGACGCUUAUGCCGUCGCUGAUACAAUUUUGAGUGAUCUAGACCACGGGGAUGCCAGUGAAGGAGUGUCUUUGAUGAACCCAAACCCCCAUCCGACAAAUCCACCCCCUGAGAUUGAUGCUGCAGCCGGAAGUGUGGUGGGUUAUGAAGAUUGGAAGAAGAUAGACCAAGAGGAGAUUAGUAGAGGCGAAUCACUUGGAAAAGAGAGGACGAGGAUGGGAUGGCAAGAGGCGAGAGAGCUCUUAGGACGGACGACUUAG